ACUAUUACUAUUUUCAUUUAUGAUGACCGCAAAUUCUUCUCCGUUUUGUUUUCAUUCAAAUUCAUUCAAAUGUCUCUCUCUUAACAAUUUCUAAUCCUCUAUUUUCUCUCUCAACAAUUUCCUCUAUUCAUCGUAUCUCUAGAUUUCAUCAUAGGUUACAUCUCUAACUAAUCACGAUUCUCAAUUCACUUUUCAGAAUUUUACCGUUCAAUUCAGCACCGGCACCCUGCGUGCCCUACAAUUUCUUUUUUAUUUCCGACUAAGCAGUUUCAUUAUAAUUUGAUGUAGGUAAUAAUCGCUUUUUGUUUCAUAUAUCACAUGAUUUAGGAAUACGGUAUAAUUCAAUAAUAUAAAUAAAUCUUAAUUUUUCAUUUGAUAAGCUAGUUGAGAGGUGGUAUUUGAUUCAUGGCACUCUAUCAUAUAUAAUUCAUAUGUGAAUGCUACGGUCUUCUGUGGAUCAAUGUAAAAAGUCACCGAAAACUCUAAAGAUAAUCAAUGACACACUUCUUGUAUCGGUCCUCUUCAUUUUUACGGUUGGAACAAUGACUUCAUCAAAGUUAAUUCGAUAAAAUUAAGGAAAAAAUGAACGUGUCUCUCAAAACUCAACUCGUCGAAUCAACACCAACCAGGUCACCGUCUAAGAAGUAUAGACGGGGGAGGACUGAUAACUUAUACACAUGAGGAGCAUCGUCAAUUCUUAUUAUUGAAGUGAUUUUUAAGCACGAUCUACGGUGGACUAGAAUUUUCCAUAAUUCACAUCUCUACUUAUAAUUCUUUAUUUUAUGAAUACUUUGUUUCUGCAUACUGCGUCAAGCAAGUUGUAGGUUUGGCAAACAAGUUGAAACAAAUGAGUUUCGAAAUGCUAGAUCUGGGAAUUUCAAUUUUGAGGUUACUCACGAGUUCCGAUGCUUCAAUUGCAUCUAUUUUUGGAUGGCUGAUCACUGGAUCAUUUGGACUUGUGGCUGUCAUGUACGCUGUUCUCAAGUGGCAGCGAAGAUCAUCUUUGAAUUGGAUUAAAGAUGCGGCCAGGGAAAAGAAGAAAGUCUGGAAAAAGUUUAAAGUACCUCUAUCGGAACAUUUGUGGGUUGAAGAUUUUACGUAUGGGGAACAGCCAUCAACUUGUUGUUUCUGCUUGACUUCCCUACGGCCUUCUCAAAAUUUAGGUGCAACAGCUUCACCACGUACUCCUCUCCAUCGUUGCUCAGUUUGUGGUGUCGCAGCUCAUUUCCUUUGUUCUCCGUAUGCUGCAAAGGAUUGCAAAUGUGUGGCUCAGGCUGGUUUUAGUCAUAUUAGACACCACUGGUCAGAAAGAUGGAUUAACGUGGAUGAAAAUCAUGAGAUGUCUGCCUUCUGCUUUUAUUGUGACGAACCGUGUGGUGUCCCAUUUGUCAAAUCCUCUCCUACAUGGCAUUGCCGUUGGUGUCAACGCCUCAUUCAUGUGAAAUGUCAUAACAAAUUGACCAAAGACUCUGGUGAUUUUUGUGAUUUGGGUUCUUUGAGACCAAUCAUUCUCUCUCCUCUCUGUGUCAAAGAAGUUGAUGAAGAUCAAAAGAGAGGAAAACUAAGUUCUAUUAUAACCUCUUCCGUUCGCGGUCAGAUUAGAAAGCGGCGCAACCAUAGUAAAAAUGGAGGUGCUUGUCAUGCUAAUGGUAAGUCACGAGGUUCCAACAUUGCUGAUGCUACAUUAUUAGAAUAUGUGUUGAAUGGUCUCCACCGGAACAAGUACAAUGAUGGGAAGUUCUUUGACCCCACAAACAAUGGUAGAGUAUUAGGAAAUGGUUUAACUGUUACCCCUAGCCAAAGCAAGAAAUACACAUUGGUUGAUUUGGCAAAUGAUGCAAGGCCACUUUUGGUCUUUAUCAAUACCAGAAGUGGUGGGCAGCUUGGGCCUUCUCUUCACAGAAGGUUGAAUAUGCUACUAAAUCCUGUUCAGGUCUUUGUAUUGAGUGCUUCUCAAGGUCCUGAGGUAGGCCUGGAAUUGUUCAAAAGUGUACCAUAUUUUAGAGUAUUGGUAUGUGGUGGGGAUGGCACUGUUGCAUGGGUCCUUGAUGCUAUAGAAAAACACAAUUUUGAGUCACCUCCGCCAGUUGCAAUUAUUCCCCUAGGCACUGGAAAUGAUUUGUCCAGGGUACUGAAUUGGGGAAGAGGCUUCUCUGCACUUGAUGGACAAGGCGGGUUGACCAUGCUUUUGCAUGACAUUAGCAAUGCAGCAGUUACUAUGCUAGAUCGUUGGGAAGUUAAACUUGCAGAAGAAAACUCUGAAGGAAAACUUCAAAUAGUGAAAACUAAAUCCAUGAUGAACUACCUAGGCAUUGGAUGUGAUGCAAAGGUCGCAUAUGAAUUUCAUGUUACACGAGAGAUAAAUCCUGAAAAAUUUAGUAGUCAGUUUUUCAAUAAAUUACGAUAUGCGAAAGAAGGAGCGAGAGACAUUAUGGACAGAACUUGUGCUGACUUACCAUGGCAAGUAUGGCUUGAAGUUGAUGGGAGAGACAUUGAAAUCCCCAAGGAUUCGGAGGGCUUAAUUGUGCUUAAUAUUGGGAGCUACAUGGGUGGAGUAGAUCUUUGGCAAAACGAAUACGAGCAUGAUGAUGAUGAUUUUAGUCUUCAAUCCAUGCAUGAUAAGAUGCUUGAGGUAGUAUGUGUUUGUGGAGCAUGGCACCUAGGAAAACUUCAGGUCGGACUUUCACAAGCAAGAAGACUAGCUCAAGGUAAAGUUAUCAAGAUACACUCUUCCAGUCCUUUCCCAGUUCAAAUAGACGGAGAGCCAUUUAUCCUACAACCAGGCUACAUAGAGUUAACUCAUCGUGGGCAGGUAUUCAUGUUGAGGAGGACUUCAGAAGACGAGCCUAAAGGGCAAGCAGCUGCUAUAAUGACAGAGGUAUUAUUAGAAGCCGAGUGCAAGGGCAUUAUUAAUACAUCUCAGAGAAAAGUUCUUCUCAAGGACAUAGCCAUCCAUCUUUCUUAAGACCCGUUUCUCGUUCAGCCAGCUUAAAUAGUUGCCCAUACUUGGGUUUUUGAGCUCUAGUCCUUUUUCAUAGGACAAUUUUUGAUUAUUUCGAAAAAAAAAUAUAGAGAAAGAUAUAGUUCUACACUUCCACGUUCUACUUCCACGAAGCAGCUAAUAUAAGAGAGUGAAAACUGUUGCAUCUAACAACACCCUACGCUGUGUAUAUUGCAAUCCAGCGUACGUUUUCUUCUUCACAUCUUUUGUAGUUGUACUACCACCAUCCAAAAAUGUAGAGGAAAAAAACAUUUGAUAUCCAUAUGUUCGUGGGUCUUUUUUUUUUUUUAAACUAGCUUGAUAAAAAGAUUUUUGAUCAGAAAAAGUUGUGUUUUUAAUUUGAUAUUUUUUUGUUAAAAUACUUUUUACUUUUCUCUCUUGACACGGUAUCUUGAGUAUACAGUUACCCUAAAAUCAUUCUUGUGGUUUUUCUGUUUGCUAUUACAAUGGCAUGUCAAGUACUAGCAUAUUCUACAUGUAAUUGUAACUAUUAUAGAGGUGGUAUAAAGGGCAAAUGAAUGUUGAAAUUGAAGACAUUUGUGAUAGGAGUGUUUUAUGGAUAUGAGGUAACUUGCAAACCGAGUCAUCCAAAUUAAUUAUAUCCGCAUUUUGAUUCAACUUAUUCAAGUUCGGAUUGAACUGAAAUCAACUCAUUUAAACUUAAUGAUAUUUGAUUCGUGUA